AUGAGACUCGGGCUCUUAAAUCUGGUUAUAGCGUUCGCCGGCGCCGCUGUAUGGGCCACCCCGCCUGAAUUCACGCACAAACUCAAGGAGAGCGUCGCCCCUCCACGAGGAUGGGAGAGGCAUGGACCAGCUCCUCCUGACCACAUCAUCAAGCUGCGCAUUGGUUUACCGCAACCCAGUUUCCCUGAACUCGAGAGGCAUCUGUAUGAAGUCAGCGACCCCGAUCACGAGCGCUACGGACAACACCUUUCCAAAGAGGAGGUAGAGGCACUAGUAGCACCACACCCGGAGAGCGUCGAGCUUGUUAGCCAAUGGUUGGCCGAGCAUGGUUUCGACGAGUCUGACCUUGAACGAUCGUCAGCGAAGGACUGGGUCACGAUUAGAGUACCAGUACGCGUUGCUGAAAUGAUGUUGGACACGACCUACUCAGUAUGGAAGCAUAACGACGGAGAUUACCUAGUCCGCACGACUAGCUACAGUGUCCCCGAGCACUUGCACGAUCACAUCGACGUCAUCCAGCCCACAACGAUGUUCGGACGUUUCAAAGGGCAGAAGUCCACCAUUCACUCCGUGGAGGAUGUUCCCGAACAGAAGAACACUGUCGCUUUGACAUCAACACAUGCCGCCACCGCACCCGUCGUUGAUGCCUCGUGUAACACGACCAUUACGGUCAGAUGUCUAAAGCAGCUCUACAACGCCGUCAAUUAUACAGUCAAAGCUGCAAAGAAUAAUUCUGUCGCACUUACAGGGUAUCUUGAACAAUUCGCGAACAUACAAGAUUUGCAGUCUUUCUACGCUGAACAAGUCCCCGCAGCGGUGGGGACCAACUUCACCGUCAUAUCUGUGAAUGGUGGACUCAAUAACCAGACGCUCGCUGAAGCAGGUGCCGAAGCUAAUUUGGAUGUGCAAUUCGCAUUCGGCGUCUCUUUCCCGACACCUGGGACAUAUUAUACCACUGCCGGUCGCCCGCCUUUUAUCCCGGACAUUGGAACGCCCACGGACACCAACGAACCUUACACCGACUGGCUUGACUUCAUCCUCUCACACCCCAACCCCCCUCUGAGUAUUUCCACCAGCUACGGAGAUGACGAACAGACCGUUCCUGAAUCAUUUGCCAGGCGUGCCUGCGCAGGCUUCGCUCAGCUCGGGGUUCGAGGAGUGUCGUUGAUGUUUUCGUCGGGAGACGGAGGUGUUGGUGAUGGAGAAGAAGACCCCGCCCUACAACAAUGCUUCACCAACGAUGGUAAAAACGCCACAAAAUUCAUACCUGGCUUCCCAGCGAGCUGUCCCUUUGUGACAGCGGUCGGAGGAACGACUUUCGUGCCGGAAACGGGCAUUUUCUUCUCAGGAGGAGGCUUCAGCAACUUCUUCAAACGCCCAAGCUACCAAGACGUGGCAGUUAAAAAUUUCUUGGGUAGGCUUCCGAAGGGCAUCUACAAGGGAUUGUUUAACCCCGCCGGACGAGCCAUCCCAGAUGUCGCCGCGCAGUCCAACCGCUUCCGAAUCUUUCUUUCAGGUCGCCCAGUGUUGAUUGGCGGAACAUCCGCGUCUUCGCCGGCAUUCGCAGGUUUCGUUGCCCUCCUGAAUGAUGCUCGUCUCGCCAAAGGGCUGCCACCACUCGGUUUCUUGAAUCCCUUCCUGUACACGAAAGGCGUAAGUGGUUUCAAUGACAUCACUACCGGUAACAACCCAGGUUGUGGGACACCCGGAUUCAAUGCUACACAAGGUUGGGAUGCAGUUACUGGUCUUGGGACGCCCAACUUUGGGAAAUUGGUUAAGCUUGUUACUUGA